GUCAAUGUCACGAGACCGUUCGCGGCCGCCAACAUUGCCUCACUCAAGGCUGAAGUUCUAAGGUUGCCUUCAUGGAAGAGCAUUAAUGAUUUCGAGUAUAAAUAGUCGCCAAUAGUGCCAGUCUGAAAUACGUCGUCUCAUGCAUCAUCUUCUAGUCACUGCAUUGCAUUUCCAUCUGAACUACAUACUCUAACAUCAAACAAAAAUGGCCGACACCACUGAAGAGACUCGGGUUUCAACCCCUAUCUGUCACUCUGAGGAGGACAAGACUGUUCAUGAGGAGGCCGCUGCCGCUUCUGUCGAGGCUUUCAGCGUGAGCGCCGCCGCGGCGCUCAACGGUGACCAGACCAAGGCACUCAAGAUUCACAACGACGGCCGAAAGACCAAGGGCUGCCCUGCACUGAAAUGGGACAGCACUUUGGCCCAGCAUGCACAGACGUGGGCCAACCAUCUGGCUAAGAUCGACAAAAUGGAACACUCGAAGGGCGACCAGCGUCCCGGUGAGGGCGAGAACUUGGCUUGGUACUCCAACUCUCCUCAGAAUCCUCUUUCAGGUGGUGCUCAGAUGUGGAUGAACGAAGCGAAGGAUUAUCAUGGCGAGCCUAUUGGACAAGGAGACUUCAGCAAAUACGGUCACUACACUCAAUGCAUGUGGCGAUCGACCACCAAGGUUGGCAUGGCCAGCGCCAAAUCUGCCAAGGGCGGGACCUACAUCGUCGCUCGUUACUCUCCGCCUGGCAACUGGAUGGGCCAGAAGCCCUACUAGAGGGUCUCUCAAAGUGGCUCCUGAUAUUCGGAAGAACUUUUUUCUUGAACGCGGCAAUCACUCGUUGGACUUUGUUUCCCAUUUCUCUCAAUCCCAGAAUCAUUGGGCGCAUCUAGAUCGUUAGGGUUGAGCCAAUACUGCAUAUCUCAUCAAAUCGAGACCUCCUAUACG